AACGCUCACAACAAUUGGUCGGCAGACAGAGAGAGAGGAUGGGAGGAAGCGGAGAGGACGAGAGGACGGGCCUCCUCGUGUCGGCGGCCGGCGAUGAGGAGUCGCCUUCGAAGGCGGUGGUGGCUGCCCCGAAGGACGUGUUCCACGUAGCGUACGCGGUAUACUUCACGCUGGGGGCGGGGUUCCUCCUUCCGUGGAACGCCUUCAUCACCGCCGUCGACUACUUCAGCUACCUCUACCCGGAUGCCCCCGUCGAUCGUGUCUUCUCCGUCUCAUACAUGCUCACCUGCCUCCUCUUCCUCCUCGUCAUCGUCGGAUGGGCCCACUUGUCCAGCGCCCCCCUCCGCAUCAAUGCCGGCCUCGCCCUCUUUGUCGUCUCCCUCCUCAUCGUCCCCGUCAUGGACGCCGCCUACGUCAGGGGCGUACGGGGCCUCUACGCUUCCUACGACGUCACCGUCGGUGCCGUGGUCCUCUCCGGCAUCGCCGACGCCCUCGUCCAGGGCGGUGUAAUCGGAUCUGCCGGAGAGCUUCCGGAGAGGUACAUGCAGGCGGUGGUCGCCGGCACUGCUGCUUCCGGGGUACUCGUGUCAGCUUUGAGAGUAAUUACCAAAGCCAUUUAUCCACAAGAUGAUAGUGGGUUAAGAAAAAGUGCAAACCUUUACUUCAUCGUCAGCAUUGUGGUGAUGGCCAUCUGUAUUGUUUGCUAUAAUAUAGCAGACAGGCUUCCUGUUGUCCAAUACUACAAAGAUAUCAAAGUACAGGCUAUGAAAGAAGAGAGGAAUGAGAAGGGUCCCAAGAGUGGAUCCGCAUGGAGGUCAACCUUGUGGCACAUCGUGGGACGGAUCAAAUGGUCUGGUUUUGGGAUCUCCCUCAUCUACAUUGUUACACUUUCCAUAUUCCCGGGAUACAUCACCGAGGAUGUUCACUCUGAUGUCCUCAAGGAUUGGUAUCCAAUUAUUCUCAUUGCUGGAUACAAUGUAUUUGAUCUGGUCGGCAAGUCUCUGACCGCAGUCUAUCUUCUUGAGAAUACUAAUGUUGCAGUUGCUUGCUGUGUCGGAAGGCUUCUCUUUUAUCCGCUUUUCCUUGGUUGCUUGCAUGGCCCCAAAUUCUUCCGCACAGAAAUCCCAGUCACAAUUCUGACAUGCCUUUUGGGACUAACAAAUGGGUAUCUUACUUCAGUGCUGAUGAUUCUUGCACCCAAAUCUGUGCCGAUACAGCACUCCGAGACUGCAGGGAUCGUUAUCGUUCUGUUCCUAGUGAUUGGCCUGGCUGCUGGUUCAAUAGUUUCUUGGUUCUGGGUCGUUUAGGUGCAGUUGUACUCGUGUGAAAAAAAUGCCUCAUGUCUGGAGUUGUCAUUACUCAUUUAAGUAUUAAGCUUUGUUGGUUUGUCAAAAAUGUAAAAAUCAUGUUAAUAUUGGCACUUAAUCUCCAGAAUGUAUUGUUGUUUUCAUAUGACAAAAUAGCCAUGGCAGCAAACAUAUUGGUGGGUUUUGGUAAGUAAGCACACAAGGUGGGUUUUGGUCUUGUGUAUUGUAUGUGAAUUUGUGAAGCAUCAAAUGUUUUGGAUGUGUCGGAUA